GUACACAGAACAAAUAUUCACAAAAACAUAUGUCCCCUGCAACUGUGUGUGUGAUCGGUUAUCUCAAGUGGAGGCAUAUCACAUCACAAGAACAGUACGCUGUCUUGAUAGAUAAUACGUCUUGUGGUGUAGUGUGGUGUAGUGAAGAAGCAACAAUGGCUGUCGUCCUGUACUACCACCCACUAUCACCGCCAAGUAGGGCCGUGUUGCUUACUGCCAAGGCGCUCAACCUCUCCCUAACGCUCAAGAAAGUCGAUGUGUUGGCCGGCGAGCAACUCAAGCCAGAGUUCAUAGCUAUUAACCCACAACACACCAUCCCUACCAUGGUUGACGGUAACCUGAAGUUGUGGGAGAGCCGCGCUAUCUGCACCUACUUGGCGACACAGUACGGUAAGAACGACUCCCUCUACCCCAGCAACCCACGAGCGCGUUGUCUGGUAGACGCUCGACUUGACUUUGAUAUGGGGACCUUAAAUCACCGAUGGGCGGAGUAUGCUUAUCCGUACUGGGGGCGGCUCUGGCUGGCUCAACACCUCCUCAUGGACUACGCCUUCACCGCCGGCAACAAGACGACGGUGGCGGACAUGUGCCUGGUGGCCACUGUGUCAACAAUAGUGGCGGCUGGUGUAGAGAUUGAUAAGUCUCGUGUGGUCAAGUGGCUGGCCAGGUGUAAGAGCACCAUGCCAGGCUACGCUGAAGCCAACGGUGAAGGAGCCAAUAGCUUCGGCGAGAUUCUCAAGGCUAAGUUACAGCCACAGUGACACUUAUCUACUGUACCUAAGUGACCCUCUAUACC